CGGAUGUCGUCCCACUUUCUUAGAAGCAUGGAGCAAGGCAUUAGUUUUGAAAGUUGCGUUCCUCGAUUCCGUUGGUGCUUUGAUCCAAAGAUCCCAUCAGCGAUAAGAGAUAUUGUGCGGUCAGGAUUUCUUACAGUUUGCUCUCGCUGUGUUCUGCACAACCUUCAUAUCAGAACAUCGUAACUUUAGCCAAAAUGCCCUCGCAAGUUCUCAAUGCUUUUGAUGAGAUUCAAAAAGCUGGGACAACGCUCAUAGUCGACUCUGCGAACUUCCACAAUCUUGCGAGAUUCAAGGCUGCAGAGGCAACCACCAAUCCGUCCAUCAUAUAUGCUGCAGCGCAAAAGCCUGAAUAUGACUAUGUUCUCGCACGUUCGGUGGAGUAUAUUCGCCAACUCGAGAAAUCGUCACCAUCCUUGUCAAGAACACAACUUCUUGACCUUGGAAUCGAGCACCUCGCAGUUCAAUUCGGCACGGAGCUUUACAAGAUCACUGGCGGGAUUUCUACGCAGGUUGAGGUGAUCUACUCCUUCAGCGUGCAAAAGACAGUGGAUGCAGCUCUGCGUCUGAUUGAACUUUACAAGGCCGAAGGUGUCCCUAAAUCAGCCAUUAGGAUCAAAAUCAGUGCCACCUGGGAAGGCAUCCAAGCCGCCCGGAUACUCGAGUCAGAGCACGACGUUCGGGUCUUGAUAACAGUUGUCUUUGGCUUGUCGCAGGUCGCAGCAGCCGCGGAAGCUGGAGUCUCUUGUGUCGCUCCCUACGUGGGCCGGAUUGGAGACUGGUACAAAGCGGCCGAGGGCGUCGCACGGAAAGACGGCCUAGACAUGGGCGUUGAGCGCGUCAAAGAAAUGCAGAAUUAUCUUCGCAAGCACGGCUACAGAACCAAAGUGAUGGGAGCAAGCUUCAGAACCACUGCACAGGCAAUUGAUCUUGCGGGUGCCGACUAUCUGACGAUCUCUCCCACUGUUCUGGAUGCGCUCAAGGAACAUGUUGGCAAAGUGAGCCCUCAGUUGACAGCCGAGAGUGCCACCGCGUCUACAGUUCCGCAGAUAAAAUACAGCGAGGACGAGUUUCGCUGGGCCUUCAACUCAGAUGCGUGUGCCGUCGAGAAAUCGGCAGACGCUAUAAGACGGUUUGCGGCAGACUCCGAAAAGUUGAAGGGCAUGCUUGCGGAUCGGUUGUAAUCUCAAGACAAUUUCGACCACUUCGAUAGACUUUAGAGAUACAUGUGCUUUUCAAUUUUACUGUUAAAGAUGGUGAUUCGAAUAAAAUUAGACCAGGUUGAUAUAUCGGCAAAAAAAAUUUUUUUUUUUCAAAAAUGUUGAUUAUAUCUUCAGCCUUCUACUUCGUGCAGGC